GAGCGAGGCAGCGAGCGCCGGGGCUCUGGGAAGAGUGAAAACUCUUUUCCUUGGAUUCGCGGUGUUUGUUGUUUGGUUGUUGUUUGGUUGUUUGGUUGUUUCCGUGCCGUGCGGCCGGCUGCGUGCGGAACGCCGGGGCCCGGGAGCCGUUUCCAGCCGGGCCGGGCCGGGCACGGCAGCGGCGCCCGGCGCGGCGGGGCACGAUGGCGAAAGUGCUGGCGGCCCUCAGGCACCACUGGAAGAAAUCCACCUUCGGAGCCUGUCUGCUGGGCUGGGGCGGACACUGGCUCUAUGGGAAGCACUGUGAUAACCUGCUACGAAGAGCUGCAUGCCAAGAAGCCCAGGCUUUUGGCAACCAGCUGAUGCCUGCCACUAUGCCACUGAAGAAAGCAACAGUCUUCCUCAACCCAGCAGCUUGCAAAGGCAAAGCUGGGAACCUUUUUGAAAAGAAUGCUGCACCAAUCUUGCACUUAUCUGGCUUGGAUGUAACUGUGGUUAAGACUGAUUAUGAGGGACAAGCAAAAAAACUUCUGGAAUUAAUGGAAAACACGGAUCUGAUCAUUAUUGCAGGAGGAGAUGGCACAGUCCAAGAGGUCAUAACUGGACUUCUGCGUAGAGCAGAUGAGGCUGCCUUCAGUAAGAUUCCUAUAGGAUUCAUACCCCUUGGAAAAACUUGCACUUUGAGCCACACACUGUACCCUGAAAGCACAAAUCAAGUCCAACAUAUUACUAAUGCUACAUUGGCCAUUUUGAAAGGAGAGACAGUUCCACUUGACGUCUUGCAGAUUAAGGGAGAAAAGGAACAGCCUGUGUUUGCAGUCUCUGGUUUAAGAUGGGGAUCUUACAGAGAUGCAGGAGUUAAAGUUAGCAAGUACUGGUACCUUGGGCCUCUGAAAACCAAAGCAGCUCAUUUUUUCAGUACAUUUAAGGAGUGGCCUCAGAAACAUCAAGCUGCUCUCAUGUACCUGGGUCCAACUGAGAGACCUCCAGAAGAGCCAGAGGAGAAAUCAUCCAGACCUCCUUUGUAUGUGAGGCUUUACAGACGACUUAGAUCAUACUGGUCAUCUCCAAAAGAAUUCCCCCAGGAGGUAGCCCCAGAGAACUGGGAAGAACUGAAGCUGUCCACCAUUGAGCUUUCCAUUGCAACUCGGAACAGGCAGCUUGAUCUAACACGCACUGAGGACUUCAUGGACAUUUGCAUCGAAGCAGAGAGCGUCAGCAAAGGGGAGUUUGUUCACAGAGGAAGUCAAAAGAUGCGUGAUCCACUCAUGUGCCCUGAAGGGAGUCAGCGCAUCCAAGCCAGCAGAUGUAUCUUGCAACUUCCAGAGGGCACUGAGGGAUCCUUUGGCAUUGAUAAUGAGGAGUAUGAAGCUAUGCCUGUGGAGGUGAAGCUCUUACCCCGCAAACUCCGGUUCUUCUGCGAUCCCAGGAUGAGAGAGCAGCUGCUGCAGGCAGCGGUACAAUGAGAAUUCAGGGCACAUGGGCCAGUGCUCACCAGUCUUACCAGGGUCUCUUCAAGGCUCAUGAGACCUAACUAACUUGAUUAACCCCACUUGACUAAAAAGCCUUUUGGCUAUUUUUAUGUGUGAGGUACUUCCAUUGGAAGUAUAUGAUUUGACUGGUCUCAAAGGGGUUAAAAAUGCAAAUGAAAAUUCUGAAAAAUGCAUGUUAACUUGAUGGCAUCUUUUUUUCCACCUCCCCUAAGAAGUCAUCAUUGUUCCAUUUACAGCACUGCAGGCUGAACGCUGUGUGCCAGAUGCUACUGCUGUAAUGCAAUUGUAUAUUAAAGUAAAAUUUAACUAUA